UUAUCUGGUCGAACGGAGAAGACCGGCGAUCGGGACAGCGCCACCGUGAAGACAACCGGAAGUGGAACGGUCGAGGGUCGCCGCCGUCUUUCUGGGGGUGCCAUUUGUCUCCAGCUUGUUCUCGCUCUCAAGAGUCCCAGUACCAAGGUGAGAGAUAAUAUGGAACCAGAGAAUGCAAGCAAGGAGAUAGCAGAAGAACAUGAUGAUGCCCAUCUUCGCCGCUCAAUACACAAUCUCCCGAAAAAUUUCGAGUUUAAAGUGGGGAUGGUCUUUUCUAGUGAACUCGAAGCAUAUCAUAAGUACGUGGCAUAUGCAUUGCGUAAGGGAUUUGGAGUUCGGAAGGCUAAGAUACGUAGAAAUUACAAAGGAGAAAUCACUCGGCGUACUUUUGUGUGUAAUCGGGAGGGUUUCUCUUGCACCCCACCCGACGAGCAAAAAAAGAUUGAAAGGACUGAGAAUAGGUGUGGUUGUCUUGCGCAUAUUGGAUUUAAGGUUGAAAAUGGUGUCCAUGAAGUCAUAGAGUACAUGUCCGAGCAUAACCAUGCAUUUAUUUCGAAAAAUCAUAGGCAUCCGAUUAGAUGUGGAAGGAUGAUAUCUGAUCCAAGUAAAGGUGUCUUGGCUGACAUGGUGAAAGCCGGCAUUGUAAAUUUCAGGUCUUGUAACUUUUUGGAAAAUGAAGAUAGAGGAAGUAGAAAUAUGGGGUCUAGUUUGCGUGGUAGCCAUAAUUUCUUGCAAACUCAAAGAUCGAGCAUCGUGAGGGGGGAAGAUUGGCAAACUCUCUUGAAUAAUUUCACGUGCAUGCAGAUGCAAAAUCCCAUGUACUUCUAUGCUACACAGGUAGAUCAAGAUGGUAGGUUGACGAACUUAUUUUGGAGAGAUAGUUUGUCCAGAUUUGAUUAUGAUUGUUUUGGUGACGUAGUGCUGUUUGAUACCACAUAUCGUGUUAGCCAAUAUAACAUGAUAUGUGCACCUUUUGUUGGGGUUAAUCAUCAUUGGAGGGAUACCUUUUUUGGGUGUGCUCUCUUGUUAGAUGAGACGGUAAAUUCAUUUAUAUGGCUAUUUGAGACAUUUUUGGAGGCAAUGGGAAAUAGGGCACCUGGAACGAUUUUCACCGACCAAGACCAAGUUAUGGGAAAAGCUGUUGAAAAGGUGUUUCCAAAUGCACAUCAUCGUGUAUGCACAUCACACAUUGCAAAACAGGCUGCUAAAAACAUCCCCAAUCUUUAUGAGAAGUCCGAGUUUAGGGACAGAUAUUUCUCAAAACUACUGUAUGGAUGUGAAACAGAGUACGUAUUCGAAUCCACUUGGAAGGAAAUGGAAGAAGAAUGGGGCACUAAGGACAACUCUUGGCUUAGCGGACUAUAUGAAUCGAGAAAUAAGUGGAGUGCGGUCUUUGGUCGCGGUAUAUUUUCAUGUGGUAUUAGAUCAACUCAAAGGAGUGAGGGCAUGAAUAAUAUCUUCCAGCUGAUGCCUACCAGUAGCUUGAACCUUAUUGAAUUUGUCGACCACUAUGAACAACGGGUGAAAUAUAUUAGGGAGAUUGAAGCUCGAGAUGAUCACAAUUCUCGAGGUAAGCCAAAAUUGCUGGUGUCAAAUAAUGGGAUUUUGACACAUGCUGCAUCGGCAUACACUCGCACCAUAUUUUCCAAGUUUUAUGAGGAAUUUUUGCAAAGUUUGUCGGAACGAGUUUUGAGUUGUAGUUCGGAUGGGGGAAUCUCUGAAUACACUUUAGUCCGCCAUGGAAUUCGGGGACAAAAUGUUGUGAGAUUUGAUUCUGUUAAUUUUUCAAUCUCUUGUGGAUGUAAAUUAUUUGAAUCAAAUGGGUGGUUGUGCCGUCAUGCUUUGUAUGUACUUAACGGGAACAUUAUGGUUACAAAAAUCCCAUCGGCUUAUGUUUUAAAGAGAUGGACUAAGGGUGCCAAGGAUUGUAUUGUGGAUGAUGACUCUCCACAAGUGUCACCAUGUUCAUCAAAGAUUAGUCGUUAUUCCACGUUGAUGCGAAAAGCUUCUGCCAUAAUGAGCUUGGCCGCUGAAGAUGAAGAUACAAUGAGAAUUGCGAUGCAAAAUUUGGACAAGAUGGUGGAGGAAAUUUUAGGGUACAAAUCCAGUCUUUUGACCAAAGAUGGCGAAGAUAACAGCGAUAAGGUUGUGAAUGGUAAUGAGGUUUCUUACUCUGUUAGUGAAACUUCAAUAACAGAUCACCCUCGACGGAAAACAAAGGGAGUCACAGGUGAUGGGGUUGAGAGAAAGUUCGGGAACAAAAAGAAAAAAUCAUCCAAAGGAGCAACCCCAACCGCAAUACAAAGUCGAGAGCUGGUUGUUAGCCCUACUCCGGAUGAAGCCCAUUUACCGACUCAUUUGGCACAUUCUCAUCAGCUCUCAAGUGGCUUUUCUCCUCGCAAUGUUGGGGGUCCAACUACAAAUCCAAGUCUCAAUAAUGGGAUGAUUGAAUAUUGCAACACGGCAUAUGCGGGUGUACUUGAGUCAGGGAUCAUCAAACUCUUAUCAGUAUCCUGGCGGAAAUGUGGCCAAUGAAUCUGAAGGAACUGGACAUGGAAGUGUGACAAGGUAAUUAAUCCUUCGCAAGGGGGCGAGUAAAUAUGGUUGUGCGUGUAUGGAAGACAAGACAAUUAAUAUCAAAUUUGUGCAUGGUAUGUUGAUUGUAUAUAUCGGUACUAUAUAUGCUGCUUUAUCUUCACAUGUCGCGGAGUAUAUUAUUGUAGAUCCUCUGUCACGGUGUCAUCCCUAUUUUGAGUGCUUCACGGGGAUCCUAAGCUUUACAUUUGUUUUUUUGGUCAUCCUAUGUUACCACCGACAUUCCCUUGGGGAAUCUAAUUGUAAGAGAGAUUAGUUGCACAAAUUGUUUGGGUAGGAUUCGUUAGUUCGGGAUGGGACAGUUCUUGCGAUCUAUUUAAGAUUGCUUGGUUUCUUUAUAUGUGACGUAUUUUUCUUGU